AAUUCUGAAUUCCACUUGCUUAUCCAGGAUAAGGUCACGAUGUACUCUUAUUAAUAUCCAGGAAAAGAACAAGAAAGUGGUAAAGAUGCGGCCGUACACAGGAAAGGGAUUGCAGGAGUCAUCUGAAUGGUUUUGGCUUAAAUCAAAUUCGCAUGUGAUAAUGCAUGAUGCCUUAGUUCGCGUGUUGAUCACAAUGAAAAGAACUAAUGCGCAAUUAAAGUAGUCGUAUUUUCUUCCAGAUGUCUGUGAAAGUCAGUGACGGCUUCAAGAAUUGAUAAACCUUGUGAACAGAUAGCACUAUUUUCAUUAACAGAUGCUAAACUCUAAUCUCAAUUACAGUGAAGUUUGUCAAACUGAAACAAGUAUGUAUAGUUAGUGAAAAAGAAAGCAUGACACUGCAGAACAUACAGGAUCAGAACCUUUUUUCAACACAAUUUUAAGUAACAUCAUCAGAUGAUAGAAAGCUGGCUUGGUAUUAUAAUUGAUCUUAUCAACAAAUCGCCUAACAUCAGCCCCACAUCAUUUUGAUUGGACAAUCAUCUGUAACAAGCAUGCACUCUGUUCUUGCAUUAUUUCUGGGACUGCCCAUGAUCCUCACAUGCACAACUUGAAUACUACUACUAGCGGAUAGCCCCCGGUUUUGUUUAUAUUCUACCUAUUUUUUAAUACUCAUUUUCGCUCUAAAAUCAAUAACGUACUGAAACGAAAAUGCAAGGAAAUGAGGAUAUGUGUUUCGUAGCUGGAGAGGAUAAGCCCCUGAGGUAGCCCGAAGCAUGAGAAAUGUCCUAAAGCCUCUGUGAAGUUCUAUCAAGUGAUCUAUGUCUGCGGAUCUAAUAAUUAAUAUGCGUACGUGCAUGUUGAUUGAUGUGCAUGUUCUCAUUAACGGCCAUGCACCAGUGUUAGAUCCAAGAAUACAUCAGAAUUCAUGUUAAGACCCAUACCUUUCCAGGCAGUUUAACAACCUUCUCUUGCUGAUGCACAUGCCCAAGUGUAUCUUUCUUUUUGUCUGAAAUCAAAAUCUAUGUGCUGUUAUUCACUCAGUUGAAUGCUUUACACUCAAUUUCCACUAAUGUUGGCCAAAUCAAGCAAUAUUCUUAUUUCUACAUUGUAAUUAUUGAUUUUUCAGUUAAUAUUUCUGAACGUGCAUCGUAUAAAGAUCUUUAAUGUCAUAUCUGCAGAUUUGAACUAAUACCCACAUGACUUUUCUGACAAACAAGUACCACAAGAUGAUUGGAAUGUUUUAGUAUAUAUUAUCUUUGCUAUGGAUAAUAAAUUGUCAGAUUUAUACUGUGUGCCUUAGCUAUUUGAUUGAAACAAGUUGUGCCAAAAAGUAAUGGACUCGAAUCUGUGUAAGCUUAUAUAUUGAGUUUUGCAUGUUCAGAUUCUAGCAGAGCUUUGUUUUAACUUUUAGAGCUUGAGUUUACAUGUGAUCCCUCCAUCAUUUCAAUGUUUAAGAGACGCCAGCCACGAUGGUAGUUUAUGAAACUCUUAACUUCAUAACUAUGGCCAAUAUGGUAAAUCAAAAUGAGAUUUUAACUGAGAGACAAACAGAAGACAUCGCAGCAUUUGACUAAUUAACUGCAGAGUUUCACAGAUUGAACCACAAUUAUAAUUUGCAGAACCCUGUAACUGCGCUUGCAGAUACAGCAGAUGCUAACAAGAAUUCCUCAUGUGCAAGUUGAAGAUUGUGCUAGCUUUGGCUACAAUGAUCAGGAAGUAAGCUAUGUGCUUGUCAGGGUCUACUUUGGUCCUACAAACACGUUAGACGAGUCAUGGGCAAUAAAAUAUGAAGGCUCACUCAACAGAUGUUGCCUAGUCCACCACAACUUAUAUAUAAGCACAUACUCUGAUAAACAAUUCACAGCUCCAAUCUUGCAUUCCCAAAUUCAUUCAAGUCAGAAACAGUGCACAGCUUAAAUAUCACAGAAAACUUCAUGGGGAUUCAUUUUCCUGCUAUGAUUCUGCAAAGGAAGAAAGUUCAACAGCAAAGGUCUCUGAAUAGGCUGCAUUCGUGUUCUAAUCAAGCUACAAAUACAACAGCAGAUGUUCCUAAAGGCCACUUUGCAGUUUAUGUUGGAGAAACAUAUAUGCAUAGGUUUGUAAUUCCAAUAUCAUUCUUGAAGAAGCCUCUGUUUCAAGAAUUAUUAAAGAAAGCCGAGGAAGAAUUUGGAUAUGAUCAUCCGACGGGUGGUCUUACAAUCCCUUGCAGCGUAGAUGCUUUCUUAAAUGUUACUGCACUUCUGAAUUAACUUGCAGUUCUUGAUCAGUAGGUUUAUAAUCCAAUUUUGUAAAUUCAGUACAAAUCUUUAACUAGUAAAAUGUCAUAAUAAAAUCUCAUUUUAUAUGUA